AUGCUCAGAUUAGCAUGCCUUCUGGAUCCUAUUACAAAGUCAUCUAAUUGUCAGAUCCAGCAAGAUGAGUCAGGUCACUUCCAUAGAAGGGAAACCAAACUAGAUCGGUUAAGGAAAGAAUCAGAUAAUCCCAGUGGAAGCAAUACAAGAUCAAAGGCCCUGAAGAUGGUCAUAAAACUAGAAAUGCGUGGUGAAAAAGAGAAAGCGAAAGCCAUGAAAUUAGUUUCUAGCUUUCCAGGGAUUCUCUCUGUGGCUGUUGACCUCGAGAAUGAAUUAACAGUAGUUGGAGAUUUUGAUCCAUAUAAGGUUGAGAAAAAUUUGAGAAAAUUAUGGCCAACGGAAAUAGUAACAAUUGGGCCAGCAAAAUAA